CGUCAUCACCGCCCGACCGCUUUCUGGGGAACUGGAGUCUAAGGCCGCGAGUUGGUCCUAAUGGCAGGUGAAGAAAUAAAUGAAGACUAUCCAGUAGAAAUUCAUGAGUAUUUAUCAACAUUUGAGAAUUCCAUUGGCGCUGUGGAUGAGAUGCUGAAGACUAUGAUGUCUGUUUCUAGAAAUGAGUUAUUGCAGAAGUUGGACCCACUUGAACAAGCGAAAGUGGAUUUAGUUUCUGCCUACACAUUAAAUUCAAUGUUUUGGGUUUACUUAGCAACUCAAGGAGUUAAUCCUAAGGAACAUCCAGUAAAGCAGGAAUUGGAAAGAAUCAGAGUAUACAUGAACAGAGUCAAGGAAAUAACAGAUAAGAAAAAGGCUGGCAAGCUGGACAAAGGUGCAGCUGCAAGAUUUGUAAAAAAUGCCCUCUGGGAACCAAAACCGAAAAAUGCAUCGAAAGUUGUCAAUAAAGGAAAAAGUAAAAACUAACUUUUUGGUUUUCAUGUACAUAUAUUCAAAAAGUACAUCUUUUUUUUUGUUUUCACAAAAUAGAUGAUGAUGUGACGAUGCAGAGUUUCAAUGUAUUCCUUAUCAAAUUCAUGUGUAAAUUUAUGCUUUAAAUUUAUAAUGCUAAAUACUUCCCCUCCCACAAAGAUUGUUAUUUUUAUUGAUUUUCUUAUAGAGCACUAUGAGGUUUUUAACAUUGUGAUGUAUUUUAUAUUUAUAGUUUGUCAUAUCUUUUGACAAGACUCUUAUUUCCUUAUAUAGGUCAAUCUUGCAAGUACCAUUUUAUAAACAACUGUGAAAUUUAAGUUAAAUGUUCUUUGUAAACAUUUGUACUAUUUUAAAUGAAUAAUGACCUUAUGAAGUAUGCUAUCUGUAGGCUGAGAUUAUAAGUACAUCUGUUUUUACUAUAUGAUAUGAAGAAUGAAAUGACUUCAAUGUCUAUUUUUUUCCCUGUGUAGUUACUUCAUGUUUUCAUGAUUUUAGGAAUUACUGCUUUUUUGAUAUUUGAAGUGUGAAAUUAAAACUUUACGGUUGUACUUUAAUUCUUGGCAUGUUGCCUCUGUGUCCCAUUUAAAAUAAAAUAUAUUCUCAUUAGCUUUAGAUGGGAAAUAAGGUUGUAUGUUGGUGGAUGAAUUUUGGCAUAAUGGCUAUACCCUCUCAAUAAAGGCUGUAAAUAUUGUGUA